UAUAAAAAGAUAUAGAUGUUUAUAAUUGACCUGUUUUUUGUUUUAUGCAGUGAUACGGAUUCUGAUAGUUCAUCUUCUGUCUCUUCAUGUUCUCUUUCAACUGAAUCUGCUGAAAGUGGUGGUCAUCAAAAUGGAAAGGAUAACACAUCCUACCAUGUUAAAAAAAAGGAUGAAUUGCCUCUUGAGCAGGAACUACCUACUGUGGAAGAUUUGACAAUAGUUCUUCCUGAGGAUGUUGAGCUAAAACCCUUUGGGACAGUUUCAAGCAUUCUUGAGCAGCUGGUAAUAAUUGAAUCUCUGAAAGGCCUACCUGCAGUAAAUGAGGAAAGCAUCAUUUUUAAAGCAGAUCGGCAUGCAGCAGGCAAGGUAUUUGAGAUAUUUGGUCCUGUUUUGCAUCCCUUCUAUGUGUUACAGUUUAACAGCCCUGAGCAUAUUGAAGCAAAAGGUAUUCAUAUCAAAGAUACCGUGUAUUUUGCACCGUCAGUGGAGGAUUUCACGCAGUAUAUUUUCACAGAGAAACUAAAACAGGUGAAAGGUUCUGAUGCAUCAUGGAAGAAUGACCAAGAACCACCACCUGAGGCCUUAGAUUUCAGUGAUGAUGAAAUGGAGAGACAGGCAAAACAGAAGAAAAAGAAACCUCAGAAUCAAGAAAGAAAGAAACCCAGAUCAGAAAUGAAUGAAUCAAGCAAGAGUAAUGGAGUUCAGAAUCAACCUGUGCAACAGCCUACUUCAAAUUAUUCAAGAGGAUAUUGUGGCAGAGAAUUUAACUCUGGCUUCUCAAGGGAUAGAUUUACUCAUCCAUCUGUUCAUCCGAGCUUUUCAAGACCACAGCUAAGACCUCCACACUCGUACUCUUCAGAUCACAGGAUACACCAAGAAUCUGCAAUGUUUCCACAGCCUCUCAGACACGGAAAUCCUAUGAUGCCACAAUAUCCCUUUCCUCCUCCAGGAUUUGGACCUGUUGGUAAUGAGAUGCAUCACUUUCCACCCCCAAAUCUAAACAUGACGUGGACAAGGCCCAGUCUGCUCUCUAAUCUGUAUAAUCCACCAUUCCUAUUCCCGCCGCCGCCGCCGCCACCACCACCACCACCACCACCUGCUUCUUCAAAUGGUCAGUUUGAAACUCAUAAGUAUUUUCAUGACUGAGUACAGUGAGCUGCAUAUACUGGAAACCAUGUCUUUCCAUCCAGAAACACAUUUAUAAGUAAAAGAACAGAACAAAUCUGAAGUUCUAAUGCUAAAUAGGUACAACCUUCUGCAGCGAUAUCAAACAUGCAAAGACUGCCUUUUUUGAUAAACCCAUCUUUAAAAAAACUGAAAUAUACUGAAUGCUGAUUUAACUUGAUAAUGUGUAGUGUUUGAAGUAUCCCAAGUAUUAAUAAACAUUAUUUUUACUUUG